GCCCCUGGGUGGUCCGGAAACGAUUCUGGACCUGCGGGUAUAUCCAGGGCCCGCACCCCCUGGGAUUGUGGGAAAUGUAGUUUUUUGCCUCCGUAAGGGACCAGGCGGAGCUGAGGCACCGCGCGAGGACUGGGACCGUGAUUCCACUAACCGGAAACCGUCGCCUUUCGGGCCCGGCGGGGCCUGAGUCAAUGCAGAAUCGGGGGCCGCGAGGACGCCAGGGGGCGCUGUGCGUAGGAACCGCCGGGUGGCCGCUGCCGAUCGGGGCCGACUUCGGGACGGACCGGAAGUGCCCGAGGGCGGCCGCAGAACGGCCAAUUUGAGCCGCGUCGAGGUCGGGCCUGGGAAGGGUCAGCGGGAGGCCUGAGGGCGCCGGGCGCUGCGGCAGGCGGGCCCGGGGUCCAGCCGAGAGGGUCCAGGCGCCAGGCAACGCGAUUCGCGCGGGGGUGAACCCGGGGAGGGGGCCGGCCUCCCCGUUCUGGGACCUUUCGCUCCCCUGGGACCUGUGGCCGCCGCCCACAGACCAUGCUCCUGGGGCGCCUGACUUCCCAGCUGUUGAGGGCCGUUCCUUGGGCAGGCGGCCGCCCGCCUUGGCCCGUCUCUGGAGUGCUGGGCAGCCGGGUCUGCGGGCCCCUUUACAGCACACCGCCGGCCGGCCCAGGUAGGGCGGCCUCUCUCCCUCGCAAGGGGGCCCAGCUGGAGCUGGAGGAGAUGCUGGUCCCCAGGAAGAUGUCCGUCAGCCCCCUGGAGAGCUGGCUCACGGCCCGCUGCUUCCUGCCCAGACUGGAUACCGGGACCGCAGGGACUGUGGCUCCACCCCAAUCCUACCAGUGUCCGCCCAGCCAGAUAGGGGAAGGGGCCGAGCAGGGGGAUGAAGGCGUCGGGGAUGCGCCUCAAAUUCAGUGCAAAAACGUGCUGAAGAUCCGCCGGCGGAAGAUGAACCACCACAAGUACCGGAAGCUGGUGAAGAAGACGCGGUUCCUGCGGAGGAAGGUCCAGGAGGGACGCCUGAGACGCAAGCAGAUCAAGUUCGAGAAAGACCUGAGGCGCAUCUGGCUGAAGGCGGGGCUAAAGGAAGCCCCCGAAGGCUGGCAGACCCCCAAGAUCUACCUGCGGGGCAAAUGAGUCUGGCGCCUCCCUUCCCGCCCAUUGCUGCUGUGAUCCGUAGUAAUAAAUUCUCAGAGGACUCA